CAUUCAGUAUUUCUUUAGAUUGUUCACGAACAAAACAGUCAAACCGCAUUUCUUCCACUUUGAAUAUCGACAGCAAUACCAUCAGUACGGUUAAUAUCGCGCCGGUUUUUAUUUUCAUUUGAAGUACUAUCCUUCAAUUUAUGUUAAGCAUGAAUACGGAGAGCCCAUUGCCCCAGGUAAUGGAGAGUAGUGAUCACGAAUACAAACAGCCUAAAGACAGGUUAGUCAGCAUACUCGAUCAAAUUGAACUCAGAGUGGAGCAAUUGAGACGUGAUGCUUUAAAACUUGAAGAAGAAAAAGAUACCAUGCUGACAACACUCGAUACUCUAAAAAAUAAUGAAGUCCUGGGAUGCCUUCAAGAACCUGAUAAAGAUGAUGUUUUACGUUAUGCUGAGCGUCUCAGCUCCAGAUGUCUAACUGUUGAAGUAAUGGUGAAAGUACAACGUGAUCCUAUUCAACAAGACGCACUUCAUCAAGUUAAUGGACUGAUCGACAGCUUGGUGAUAAGUCUCAAAACUGAUUUAACAUCGACUCGUCAACGUUGCGCUGCAUUCAUGAAUGCCUGCUCUUCUCAAUCCAUUGGCCACUCGGACAAGAUCUUUGAAUCAGUUAUCCUUGGCUGCACCCUGGACGACCAAAAGCGCGUUAAAAAGCGCCUUCAAGGUCUCCUCGAUUACAUCGACAAGAUGAACACUAUUGAAAUGGAAUGAGAAUCAAUGAUCACCUCUAUCGAUGAUUGUGCCUGGCGCAUACAAAAUACAUGCAAUGCAUUCGAUAGUUUGAAUACUGCAGAUGAAUCAAAUCGUUACGAUCAUUUCAAUAUCUCACAAAUAAUCGAAAGAUAUUAAAUGCCCAGAAUGUAGGUGCACCAGAGUUUCAACUAAUCUAUUCUUAGUAAUCUAUUUCUAGAUUACGACAAACUAUUGUAAUCCAUAUUCAAUAGUUUUACCUCGAGGGCUAUUUAGAUGUGUCUCAUCGUUUUUAUUUAACGGUGGAAUCGGAUUGUUCUCAUAUUUUCAAUUACACCGCUAUAGAAGAGGAGAAUCCAUUUCCAUUUGAAGCUAAUCGUAGAAACUAUUGGUCAAGCAUAAUAUCCUGCAUUGUUUAAGUUUGAGGGACCUUUAUCGGCUGAAUCCCAUUCCUUAUUUUCUUCUUUAACUGGAAGUAAACUAUUUGAAAUCCAAUUGUUAUUCCAUUUUUUUUGUGAUAAAUCAGAAUAAAAGAACAAACUAUUGAAUACUAA